GCAGGUGCUCGACUCGAAUUUUGUGGCAUGCUGAAAGCAACAAUAUUGAGCUCCGUUGUCUUGAGGAAGCAUGGAAUUUUCAACGUUUCUUGUAUUCGCAGCCUGGACUGCAUCGAUGACUUACUUGACGUUUGGUAAAGAGCGAGAGCGCGCAAUGCUGUUUCCAGACUACUACUUCUUUGCUGGAAGACGUUUGGUGAACCACGCCAUUGAAGAGAAACGCGUCAAGAACUUGGAUGACUGUGAGCUUUUGUGCUACCUGAGCGACAGCUGUGUCAGUCUUAACUUCAAAAAGGAUCCUGACAAUAAUCAACCAGGUCACAUCUGUGAGCUAAAUAACGCAACGCAUCUGAAAUAUGACAGUGACUUGACAACUGAUGCCAAUUUUUACUAUCGUGGCUCGAAGAGCGCUUGUGACAAGAGUUCCCACUGCCAAAAUAACGCAACUUGCCAGUCUGGAUUUACACUCAAGGGAUAUCGAUGCUUGUGUCCUCCUGGAUUCGAGGGAGAAAGUUGUGAAACGGAUACUGAUGAAUGCGAAGCAACCCCUAGUAAAUGCCACAAGGAGGCUACGUGUAAUAACACAAACGGAUCAUACGUGUGCACAUGCAAACCUGGAUUUAUCGGAGAUGGGCGGAAUUGUACAGAUAUUGACGAAUGCAUAGCAUACCCUGGCAAAUGCCACGUAAACGCGACUUGCAAUAACACAGACGGAUCACACGUUUGCUCAUGCAAACCUGGAUAUAUUGGAGAUGGACGCAGUUGUACAGAUGUUGACGAGUGUAAAGGAAAGCAUUCCUGUCACGAGAAAGCAAAAUGUACGAACACCAUUGGAUCACAUGUAUGUGAAUGUCAGCCUGGAUAUACUGGAAAUGGACAAAAUUGCACAGACAUUGACGAAUGCAGUAAUGCUCGAGCUGAUCAAUUGAACAAAUGUCAUGCAAAUGCCUCUUGCAUUAAUACUUAUGGUUCAUACAACUGUUCUUGUAAUCCUAAAUACAUUGGGGAUGGUUUUAACUGUGAAGCCGAUCCUUGUUAUGACUACAAAAACCUCAGUGAUGCCUCUAGAAAGAGUAGUUACAAAGACGACGAACAUCUAUGUGAUAAGAAACUCCCAGAGGGAUGGUAUCGUUUUGUAGGAGCUGCAGGAACAAAAAUGCCAACAACGCGUGUGUCAGCAUUCAGUUGUGGUACAGUCUUCUCUGGCUGGUUAAUGAGAGAAGAUGCUCCUCCUUCCAGGAAGGUCUGCUUUAGUGAUAAAAAGUCUGGAUGCGAAGAUACUGUGAGUAUCUCCGAGAAAGAGUGUGGAUCCUACCAUAUUUACAAACUUCAUGCGACAAAAUGUCCAAGGCGUUAUUGUGGUUCAGACUGA